AUGGCUCUUCAUCCGUCGCAUUCUUGUGAGCUCCUGGGGGAGGAUUAUAUUCUCCGGCAGCGAGAGGAUGCCAAGCGCGCUCCUAUCCGAAAGCGCAUCAUCAUUUGCUGUGAUGGUACAUGGCAAUCCGCUGUCUCGGGCAAGAAGAAUGUUCCUUCCAACGUCACUCGACUGUGUCGCGCCCUGAACAGCAUCGGCACAGAUGAGAAUGACGAUGAAUGGCAACAGGUCGUCUGGUAUGACUCCGGGGUCGGCACAACAGCGCUGCCCCUGGGAGAUGCCAUCGAAGGUGCCGUCGGACAGGGACUGGAAGGAAACGUUAUUGAAGCGUACAAUUUCUGUGUUCUCAAUUACAACCCUGGCGACAAGAUUUACUGCUUUGGCUUCUCGCGCGGUGCGUAUACCGCUCGCACAAUCUCCGGCUUGAUCUCGGAUAUCGGAAUCUGUCACAAACGCGAUUUGAACAAGUUCCCCGAUCUCUGGGCUGUCUAUAAGAAGAUCGAGCCCGGAAAACGUUUUCACCGCAGUGACGAGUGGUUUGAGUGGCUCUGGGGAAAGGCCGACGAACACCAGGGAGCCAAGGGGCCGUUUGUUUAUGACAGGGUGCCUCAGGGUGAUUGGGCGCAGGAGGGCUCGAGGGAGGUGGAGGUUGUUGGCGUCUAUGAUACGGUCGGCUCGUUGGGUAUGCCAGAAGUGCUGGGUUUCAAGCUGAUCUCUUCGAAUAACGGCUGGCACAAUGUCGGGCUCUCGCCUAAUAUCAAAAAUGCCUUCCAGGCCUUGGCUUUGGAUGAACACCGCAAUGCGUUUUCUCCUGCUGUGUGGUAUCUAUCGGACAAGACAGCCACACCAGAGGAGGUCGAAUCGAGAAGACAGGAAGAGACCCUGGCAGAAAGAAAAUACUGGCAGACUUUGCAGCGAGCCAAGGACCUCAAGUUCUCAGGAAAAGCCACGGACCAGGACGUCAACGACGCCGCACGCGAAGUCAACAAAGCCGCCCGGGCCUGGAAUAAAUCUUCACGCAGACGAGUCGAGUUCCAAAAUCGGCUCGAGCUGCACCCGAGAUUGAAGCAGGUCUGGUUCCCAGGUUACCAUGUCAACAUCGGUGGGGGUUCCAAGGACACGCUCAAGAAUGAGGGCGACAUGGAAGAAAUGUCCAACAUCGUCUUCGCUUGGAUGCUGGACCAGAUCGACGAGUUUCUCUCCAUUGACGAGCGAUUCAUUAUUCACGAACAAAAUGAGCGCGAAAAAGUAUUUGCCACGCUUAACCGAGCCUUCACAAAAUGGGACGCUAUGAUCCAAGCUCAAAAGACUGAAUCCUGGAGCGACUGGGCCUGGCGCCAGAUUAAGGCUACGGCGGCCGUUAUCACGCACCCACUGAAUCCCAUCGACGAGCCCGCCUAUAAGAAGCUGCGUGUUUAUGGGUGGGGAGUUGGCGAUAUGAAAGACAGCUUCACUCCAAUGUACUGGGCGAAUGGGUCGAAAAAGCGAACUCCAGGUGAAUACUCUUUUGGAAUAGACGGAAAAUCUCUCGGAAACAGUUUCGAGUUCAUUCACCCCGUCGUCAACUUUCGCGUCGAGCAGUUCCAGAAGAUGAAUGAGAAGGACCGCUCUCAUCCCACCUACAAGCCAAUUGACGAGUCCAUGCAGUACUUCCGUCGCAAGGUGGUGGAUUCCGAGGGACACCCGGGGUAUGAAUACAAUAUCGGCACCUCGAAGCGACCUUUGCCCGAAUGGAAGCUGGGCGGACUGGACUCUUAUGAGCGUCUUGCUAUUGCUAGCGAGGCAGCUUAUGACUAUGUCGAUGAGCUGGAUGCACAGCUCAAAACUGGUGUUCGGACUGUUCGUCGCCAGGCCGAAUAUAUUGAAGAAAAAGCCAGUUGA